CCAACAGCCUUAGCUCGUCAAAAGUUCAAAUUUUCAAAAACCCCCCAAUAGAAGGCUCUGGAGUCCUUAGAAAUUCAAACCAAGCCCACCCUUAAAACCUAGCUCCCUUAAACCAUUUGCCUCAACUUUGUUCACCAAAUUCUCCCUCCUCUCCCCCCUGCGACUAUUUCCUCUCGUUCUCUCCCUCGCCUUGUCCAAAUUACAAAAAAAAAAAAGAAAAAAGAGUGAGAUACAGACAUAGGAAGAUAUGGGUACUUUAGUGGGGCAUGUUGCACCAGGUUUUGCCUUCUUUGCACUUGGUUUUUGGCAUCUCUUUAAUCACAUCAGGCUCCAUUUUCUCCAUCCAAAUUCCUACACAUCUUCUCCAUGGUUCCCCACAUCAAAAUUAAGGUACUUGGAGCUGUUCCUUAUCAUGGUAGGCUCCUCCAUCUCCAUCUCCAUGGAGCUCUUUAUUGGCCCUGAAAGCCACCAACCUUUUGAUCCUGAUGGAACUAUCCCAUCAAAUCAUCUCCAUAACUUUGAGCACUCUUCUAUAUCAACGACUUUCUUUAUUUAUGCAGCUUUUGCUAUACUCCUUGAUAAAAUUAGCCCCAAAGCUAAGUAUAGCCUAACACAGUUUCUUGGAGCAGUAGCCUUUGCCCAACAGCUACUCCUCUUCCACCUUCAUUCAGCUGAUCACAUGGGGGUUGAGGGUCAAUAUCACUUGCUUUUACAGAGUGCCAUUGUUGUUUCUUUAUUCACCACCCUCAUGGGAAUUGGGCUUCCUAAGAGUUUCAUAGUCAGCUUUAUUAGGUCUCUCAGUAUUUUGUAUCAAGGUGUGUGGCUCAUAGUCAUGGGGUACAUGCUCUGGACUCCAGAGUUGAUUCCCAAAGGAUGCUUCAUUCACUCUGAAGAAGGUCACCAGGUGGUUAGGUGUUCAAGCGAUGAGGCACUACACCGAGCUAAAUCAUUAGUAAAUAUUCAAUUUAGCUGGACCUUGAUAGCUAUUACCAUUUUUGCUAUGUCUUUCUAUUUGGUUUUGGUAAAAUUAUAUGGAGAACAUGCUGAGUAUUCCACAUUGACAAAGGAAGAAGACCUGGAACUGGAAGAAGAUUCUGAUGAUGUUGAAUCUCAGAAGGAGAGCAAACGUGGGGAGCCCACAAACUUUAUUCAAAUGGGAAAAGGAUAUGCAGUUAUGGACAUUGAAAGGUAGAUUAAAGACAAAUGAAAAAGGAAGAAUUAGAUGUGAAUUAGCUAUGUGUACAAUGUUAGUAUGGUGGAAAACCCACUUUGUUUUAAUUAAGCUUUGCAACUUAUCAAAAAACAAUAAGCUUUGCAAUAAUUUGGGGCUUAAUGACGGCAAAAUGUCUUGUGGUGGGAGGGAUGUCGACAAAAGUGUGUUGGUACAGAGAAAUGGGUCUGAUAUUGUUCGGUUUGACUUCAUGAGCUUUGGGGUUUGGGUGAUUUCAUUGUGAUUUGUGAUUUUAUGUAUUUUUUUUAUUAAAAAAAAAAGGCCAUAAUAUGAGAAUAGGAUAGAAUUUUAGGUAUUUAAAUUUGAACCCAAAUUUAUUGAAUGCCACCUCUUAAU